UAACAUAAAUAGAUCACACAGAGAUUUCACAUCCUCUAAAAACUCACUGAGAAGAAAACAAAACAAAAAACCGCUGAAAUUAAUUCUCGAUUUUGAUCAAUCAUGGAUUCCGUCUUUGCUAAUAUUGCUCAAGGUCCUGAAGAUCCUAUCUUAGGGGUGACUGUUGCAUAUAACAAGGAUACUAGUCCUAACAAAUUGAAUUUGGGUGUUGGUGCUUAUAGAACUGAGGAGGGGAAACCUCUUGUUUUGAAUGUAGUAAGGAAAGCAGAACAAUUGCUUGUGAAUGAUCAGUCUCGUGUGAAAGAAUAUCUACCAAUCACUGGAUUAGCUGAUUUCAAUAAGUGUAGUGCGAAGCUCAUCUUUGGUGCUGAUAGCCCAGCUAUUCAAGAAAACAGGGUGACCACUGUCCAGUGCCUAUCCGGUACUGGUUCAUUGAGGGUUGGAGCUGAAUUCCUGGCAAAACAUUACCAUCAACGCACAAUAUAUAUUCCUCGGCCGACAUGGGGAAACCAUCCAAAAGUGUUCUCUAUAGCAGGUUUAGCCGUGGAAUAUUAUCGUUAUUACGAGCCCAACACACGUGGACUAGAUUUUCAAGGCCUGCUAGAAGACCUGAAAUCUGCCCCAGCAGGUGCAAUAGUACUUCUUCAUGCAUGUGCUCAUAACCCAACUGGUGUUGAUCCAACCCUUGAGCAGUGGGAACAAAUCAGGCAGUUAAUGAGAUCACAAGGAUUGCUACCUUUCUUUGACAGUGCUUAUCAGGGUUUUGCAAGUGGAAGUUUGGAUGCAGAUGCACAACCCAUUCGCAUGUUUGUAGCAGAUGGUGGUGAAUGUUUUGCUGCUCAGAGUUAUGCAAAGAACAUGGGAUUGUAUGGGGAGCGUGUUGGGGCUCUUAGCAUUGUAUGCAAAUCAGCUGAUGCGGCUAGCAGAGUAGAGAGCCAACUCAAACUUGUAAUCAGACCCAUGUAUUCGAACCCUCCUAUUCAUGGUCCCUCAAUCGUGGCUACCAUUCUUAAAGACAGGGAUAUGUACAACGAAUGGACUGUGGAGUUGAAAGCGAUGGCUGAUCGAAUUAUCACUAUGCGACAACAACUUUUUGAUGCUUUAACAGCUAAAGGAACACCUGGUGAUUGGAGUCACAUUAUUAAGCAGAUAGGAAUGUUUACUUUCACUGGAUUGAACACAGAACAAGUUGCAUUCAUGACCAAAGAGUACCAUGUUUACAUGACUUCAGAUGGGAGAAUCAGCAUGGCAGGUCUAAGCUCUAGAACAGUUCCUCACCUUGCAGAUGCUAUACAUGCUGCUGUGACCAAAGCCAACUAAACAGUUCCUCACUUUCCGACAGAUACACUAAUCUACCUUGAAUUUAGUAUCAAUUUUCCAGUAAUAAAUUGUUAUCUCAUGAAGCUAGACAAUUACUAGAAUGAAGUUGAGAUUUUUCUAUGUCUCGAGAUAAACUGAAAGGUUAUUUUUUUGGUAGAUCAUAAACUGAAAGAUUUUAAUCUCAGUGUAUCCAGAAGUUGAAAUCUUUAUUAUAUUUAUGGGUCAUUGUGAUUGUGAUGGCAAAUGGGAAAUCGAGAAAGUAUAUUCAAAAUUUUAACU